AUGGAGGAGGAAAAUCUUGAUUUGAUAAGCAGAUUACCAUUUGAAAUCCAACAAAAAAUUAUUUCAUUUGUCCCACUUAAAAGGGCAGUAAGAAGGAGUGCUCUUUCAGCUCGUUGGAAGAGCCCUUGGUCUCCAGUUGAAGCAAGUUUGAAUUUUGAUGCAAACCCAGCAAACCUUAAAGGAAACCCAGCCAAACAUGAAGAGAAAUACCAAGUUAUGGGAACUUUCAUGAAGUCUUUUGUUUUCCCAGAGCAAUGGAAGCUUUAUCUCAUUGUUGUUGGAAGCAGUGAAGAACCACAGAUAAUUGUUGCCAAAGUCACCAAGGGGGUUGGCAGAGAGCUUCAUCUCGAGUUCUUCGAAUCAAUGAAAAUAAAAAAAAAUUUGAAGGGUUUCUGCCUUCGCAAAAAUCCUGCAAAAACAGAUGGUUUUUGUGGUGUGAAGCAUCUCCAUCUCAGAUCAGUUACUGGCCUCACAGGAACUUUCGUGUCAGAUUUGUUCUCCAGUUGCCAUGUUCUUGAGAGCUUGAAGCUUGAAAAGUGCAUGGGAUUGCAUAGCCUUGAUGUAGAAACAAAUAGCCUCAAGAGCUUGGUGGUGGAAGAUUGGUCAGACAUGGUUUCUAUUACAAUUUUUGCACAAAAUCUCAAGUCCUUUUGGUACUAUGGUGUCUUCCUCGGAUUGUUAGGUUAA